AUGUUUUCUUCAUCUGCAUUUGGAUCCAACAAUAAUAAUAGCAGUACCAGUAGUGGUUCAGCAUUUGGCUCAGCAUUUGGAAACAAUAAUAACAACAAUAAUAAUACCAAUUCACCAUUUAGUACUACAUCUACUGGAUUUGGUGCAUUUGGCAAUACUAAUAAUACAAACAAUAAUUCUGCAUUCAGUGGUUUUGGCAACAAUGCUAACAAUUCAAACACUGCUGCCGGAAGUAUUUUUGGUACUGGAAUGAACAAUACAACCAAUAACAGUGCUGCUGCUGCUACUACUACUACUACUGGAAAUAAUAUAUUUGGAUCUAAUGCUGCAUCUGGUACGGCAAACCAAUCUCCUUUUGGUUCUCUAAAUACCCAAAAUAAUGCCAAUGCAGGAACUUCUAACCCUUCUCCAUUUGGAUCCACUACCACAAAUAAUGGUGGUAGUACUACAUCCUUAUUUGGUGGUAGUGCUGUUGGUAACAAUAACAAUAACACAAAUAAUUCCACUGCUGGAGCAUCUACUUUUGGCAGUACCUCAAAUAGCACAUCUUUGUUUGGUUCUAAUUCAACUGCUAAUAAACCGGCAUUUGGUGGCUUUGGAACAAACACUGCUACAAACAAUCUCAAUAAUGCAAGCACUAUUGCUAGUGCUACUUCCACUACUUCCGCUACCCCAUCGUUUGGUGGAUUUGGUACCACUAAUAAUAAUAAUAAUGCUUCCAACACAUCUAGUAGUAAUUUGUUUGGUAACCUAUCAAAAACUGCACCAGCUACAAGUUCUAACAUAGCUACAAACACAACAUCUACUUUUGGUACUAAAACUGGAUCUUUGUUUGGAAAUACUUCCACUUCAAAUUCAACCAACUCAACACAAUUAAAACCAUUAUUUGGUGCCUCUGCUCUCACAUGUGCAACUGCAGAUAACAAAAUCAAUACUACUGCGACAACAGCUGCCACUGACAGUUCUAAGUCUACGUUUAGUUUUGGUGCUGCUACAAAUAAUACAUCAACUGAUACAUCUAAACCAGACUUUAGUUUUGGUACAACUAAUUCUGCUUCUACAACAGAGAAAAAGGAAUCUGCUAAGCCAGCUUUCAGUUUUGGGGCUUCAACUACUACUCAAGAUGAGAAAAAGAAUGAUUCUUCUAAACCGGCUUUCAGUUUUGGUGCAAGUAGUUCUACCUCUACAACAGAGAAAAAGGAAUCUGCUAAACCAGCUUUUAGUUUUGGCACUUCAUCUACUACACAGAUGGAAAAGAAGGAUGAUCCUGCUAAACCAGCAUUCAGUUUUGGUGGCAACGCUUCUGUGAAUACGUCUAUUGAUACCAAAAAAAAUGAUUCAAAAGAGGAAAACAAGCCAACUUUCAGUUUUGGAGGAUCAACAUCAUCUACUAAUAAACCAAAUGAAACUGGUAAGACAGGAUUUUCCUUUAGUGGAGUUUCAAAGACAGAAGAAAAAAAGACAGACGAACCAACUAAGUCAACAUUCAGUUUUGGUAAGACAACUGCUAAUACUACAAUCCCUACUACUACAACUAGUGCUGGUGCAGAUUCCAAUAAGAAAGAUGAGUCUACAAAAACUGAUAAACCAUCUGGUAGUUUUUCCUUUGAAAAUGUUUUAAAGAAAACAGAUGAUAGUGUUACUAAAAGCACAAUAGAAGAAAAGAAACCAUUAUUCUCCAUGACUGGAAAUUCUGAUUCUAAAACAUCUGCUAAGCCAUCGUUAUCCUUUGGUUUCACUAAGCCAGCAACUGAAGAUGAAAAGAAGACCGACAGUGUCAAAUCUUCGGAAUUUUCCUUUGGAGCAAAGAAAGAUGAAGCUGCUGAGAAGAAGACCACUGAACCUGUAAAGACUGGGUUCUCAUUUGGUGCUAAAAAGGAAGAUCCUAGUUCCACCGCCACAAAGACCGGGUUUUCCUUUGGAGCUAAAAAAGAUACAGAAGACAACAAGAAUACCACUUCAACUACUGCUAAUAGUGAUAAGAAAACUGACACUACUUCUAGUACUACAACAAAUGCUAAUAAAACUUUGAAUCCAAAAACAGUUGAAAUGAAACCAGUAUCAUUAGAUAAUAAGACCUUAGAUGACAUAAUUACUAGAUGGACAAAUCAAUUAACCAAUUCUGCUAAUCAUUUUGAAGCGUAUUCUAAAAAGAUCAACGAAUGGGAUGAAUUACUUGUGAAAGGCGGGGAACAAAUCAAUGAAUUAUAUAUGAGUUCGCUGGCUACAGAACAAACUCAAAAUAAGAUAGAUCAAUCGUUACAAUAUAUUGAAAGACAACAAGAUGAAUUAGAGAAUUUCCUUAAUAAUUAUGAAAAGAAGACGGAGGCCUUAUUAGUAGAUAUAUUAUCCACUGGAACAAGUAAUACAUCGACUAAUGUCAAUGGUAAUAAUAAUGAUCAAAAGAGACAGCAAGCUUAUCAAACAGCAGAAUUGCUUGAUGAAAAUUUGAAUUCGUUAUCUUUGAACCUUUCUUCAUUAAUUAAAGAAAUUAAUGAUGUUAGCAAUACAUUUAACAAAGUAACUAACAUUAAUACUAGUAAUCAAGAUGACAAUGCACAAUUAGUGAAAUUGCUAAAUAUCCACUUAGAUGCCUUAAAAUCUUUAGAUAAUAGCGCCACCCACCUAGAACAAAAAGUACAGACCAUAACUAAAUGA